AUGCGUCGAUCGCGGUACAGCGAAGAAAGCGAUGACGACGAGCAAGAUGAAAUCCCACUCCACCACAAGCGACCGUUUGGCGCCGGGCUGAAGCGGAAAAGGGUCGAGUUUGUCCGGGCACAGGACCCCGACGACUACAUUUCUACGCUCCCUUCGAGGCGACCUGCCAGCUCCGUCGUAGGCGACCUGUAUGCCAGUAUCGUCUUAGGCAGCAGCUCCACGACCAAGAGCGCCGACACACCAAAUAGCGCCGCAGAGAACGCGGACGCCGGUUCCACCACCACCGAGGCUGCGGCCGUCCCACGCCCGGAACCGACGUUGUGCUCGAUCUGCUCCCUGCCCAUCACGACGUCGGUAGCGGCGCACGAAGCGUCGCUGGCGCAUCAGGUCAGCGUCGCGCACUCGCACCCGCCGUCGGCGCUGGACCGGUCGCGCAUGGGCCUUCGCGCUCUGGCGUCGCAGGGCUGGGACCCGGACGCGCGGGUUGGGCUGGGCCGCGUCGGCGUCGAGGGCACGCGGUACCCGAUCAAGGUGGUGCCCAAGGAGGACGUGCUGGGCGUGGGCGCGACGGUGCCGGAAAAGACGGAGGCGGAGAAGAAGGCCGACGAGGAGGCCAGAGAGGCGAGGCGGCAGUUGACGGCCAAGGAGCGCAAGGCGCGGGCGGCGGAGGAGCGGCAGAAGGCGGCGCGGUUCCAGGCGGAGAUUUACGGACGGCAGGAUUUAGACAAGUAUCUCAGAGGAGACGGAAAGGAGUGGGAGUAG